CUAUCCCAAACGCCGUUAACAUCAUCUCAUUAAUCUCAUUGAUAAGCUCGACUUCCGAAUCAGCUGCAUCAGUGCAUCAGUGCAUCAGUGCAUCAGUGCAUCUCAUAAACAGAAAAGUUGAGGAUGGCAAUCAACGACGGCGCAGAGAGAGCACCAGAGAGACAAUUGCAACAAGAGGAUAUCCCUGCGUAUCAGGGUAAUGCACCAAGCAUCUUCGUGCCCGCGCACACUGAUUUCACAAAACCACCACCGGAACUAUCAUCAGAACCAAGCAAACGACGUAACGAGAUACUCGCUCAGAUCGAUGAGCAUGCAGAUGCCGUACACGACAACAUGUACUACAUGCUUAACCGCGAAAAGACAAGGAUCCGCCAAGAGUGUAAAUGGAGAGAAGACAAAUUCCCUCCACACCUUAGAGCAGUACCAGGCUUAACGGAAUGUCAGGAGCGCUCACUUCCUUCGAGCGGGAUGGAAAUGGACGAGAUCUUACAUAUUAGAUCAUUCACCUCCGAGCCGAGUCGAGGCUAUUACGAGGUACCCCGUGAAUUUACGCACGCUGACUGCUUUCAUGAGGAGGCCGGAAUACCUGGAGAACUGCCACGCAAAACGGCCGAGAAAAUGUUGAUGAACUUGGUGAAGCAUGGAGUUGAGAACUUGGAGCUUUUCGCUCAACAUGUCAAAAAUGUAAGGGAAGCGAAGAUCAAGGAGCUCGAGAAUGAGCUAGUCUCGGAGAGUCAAAGUUCUACGAAAAUUGCGCCUGCAGAUAUCAUGGAUACUAAUUAACGCUGACUGGAAACAUGUAUAUACAAAAGCUGCCCUUGUCUCGGGUGCUGACGCCCCUGGCGGAGAAUAAAUACUGCUCAAAUUCAUAUUCCGCCUUCUGUAGUCGAUAUACCUGCACCACCGGUAGAAGGGGUUCGUCCAAUUUCCCAAGGCUUUGGUGGUGCUGCAAGGCGGCCAUGAGUCGUAAACGCCGGGUCCUCGAUAACCGUAUCGGGGAUCUGUCUUAUUCCAGGUAUAGGCUGUCCCGUCUGUAAGAACGCCACUAUUUCCUCGAAUUUCUUAGGAUAUGGCUCCUUAUCGGGGUCUGCUGAGGAGGGGUCCUUCUCAAUGAAAAGUUCUGCCGUUGGUGCGGCGCUUUGCCAACCAGGCACUUCAACAUUGGCUGAAUCAGGAGUAAUUUGUUGAAGAGCGAGUUGACCUAGUGGAUCACCUAGUUCAACCAGGAGAUGUGCCAGUUUUCUGUCCGCGGGAUUUGACUGUUGGCUGGU